AUACAUAACUUGUUUACAGAAAUGAAAUUUUCAGUACUGACUAAACUACCACAUCAAGUGGUAUGGAUAUAUUUUCUUUUUUUAGUGAUUAAGUAUUUAUACAUAUACAUAUCUAUGUUUGAAUAUCUAAACGAUGUAAGUUGGUUUGUCAUUAAAUUCAAUUUGUUGUUAUAUAUGUAUACAUUCUUGUUUUUUCGGUUAAUACUUAAUGUGUGUGUUUUUUUGUAUUUUUGUAUAUUUGUUGUAACAGAUAAAAUAAACACUACCCCUGAGGAUGCUAAAAAAGUUUUAGCGAAACGUCGGGUGAAAAGUGGAAUAAAGUAGUUUUAUUCGCACAAGAACUGAAAAGAUCAGACUAGCCUACAAACAUAAAAUAAAAUAAAUUUGAACUGAUCGGACAAAAAAGAUAGAUUUCAAUCUCGGAAGGCCUGCCGAUAUUUUUGUUUAUUCCUGUCACCAACAAAAAUACAAGGAACAAAAUGAAGGAUUUUUACAAACACAUGAGAUACAAAUACGGGGAGAAUACAUGUAUUAAUCUCAAACAUUACAGCAAACAAAAUCAAAAAAUUAGCAAAUCAGAAAGAAGAUUUGAAAUUCUUAUUAGAAUGUAAAAGGUAUGGACUUAUCCCCAACCACUUGAAGAAUUCAAUCAAAAACUUAGAAGUAAAUACCGACUCUGAUAGGAUAAAACAACAAAUUGAAAAGACAAAACGGAGUUUUCCAAUUAAAAUCUUAAAUAUAGAAAUAACGCAAACCAACAUCAAUAUCAAAACAACAAAAUACCUAUUAAAUAAUGCCCAAAAACAACUAAAAUACGCCUUAAAUCAGUUGGAAAUAAAUAAUUUUAUCAGAAAACAACGUUUCCUCAGUGAUGGGAUCGCAGAAAAGAAAAGAACGGCUCUCAACUUUAAACUAAACAAGUUAAAAAACGCAUCAAAUGCGAAGAUUGGGAAUAAAAACCAACAAUAGCUGGUUCAAAAACAAGACGUCUAUUGAAUUUCCUGAAGAGGUAAAGUGGAUACUCUCUCUUGUUGGUACUUUGCCAACAACAAAAUCAAACUUUUCGCCGAUACAUAUAAUAGCAGAAAUCGAGCAACUUAUACAGUCACUAGAGAACGAUAAGGAAAAGGAAAUAGCAAGAAAUAACGUGAGCAAUAGAAUAUUACUUUUCAAACGCAACAUAAAACACAACGAAGCGGAAAAAUUAAUAUUAUCAGCAUUUCAUAAAGCAAAGGCAUUUAUCCAGAAACACAAAAACAACAUUAUUAUAACUGAUGCCGACAAAGGCAACAAAACUGUAGUUAUAUACAAAACAGAGUACCUAGAGAAGAUGGAGAAACUAAUAGAAGACAGAAAUACAUAUAAAUCAAUACGAACUGAUCCUACAAACACUCUUCAAAGGAAAAACAACAAAAUAGUGGACGAACUUUACAAAGGCAAGCACAUAAACUUCAGGGAAAAACUAAAACUCACCUGCACUGCAGCCACGGCGCCCAGAAUUUAUAGCUUGCCUAAAAUACACAAGCCUGGAGUUCCCCUUCGUCCUAUUGUCUCUUCUAUUAUGGUCCCCUGUUACAAAAGUCUAAUUUCAGGAAAAUAUAACGUCAAGAAUGCUUUUAAUCUUAAAGAUAAGUUAACCAACGUCCAUGUGUGUGAUGAAGAUGUUUUAGUUUCGUUUGAUGUCAUUUCCCUAUUCACAAAUAUACCAACGACAUUAGCUUCGAGAAUAAUUAUGAAUAAGUGGGACCUAAUUCAACAGAAAACUUCUAUUCCAAAAAAGAAAUUUCUCGAAAUAAUAGACUUUUGCCUCAAGGAUACCAAUUACUUUAUGUUCAGCAACAAACUAUACGCACAAACAUUUGGAAUGCUCAUGGGAAAUCCAAUUUCUCCAACAAUCGCUGACAUUAUCAUGGACAACCUACUGGACAACACCAUCACUGAGCUGAAAGAAAAAUCUAACAUUGACAUAAAGUUUGUAACAAAAUACGUGGACGACAUCUUCGCUAUUAUCAAACGUAAUGACGCGAAUAUUAUUCUAGAUACUCUUAAUAAAUACCACAAUAAACUAAAAUUUACUAUGGAAAUUGAAAAAGACUCAAAAAUACCAUUUCUAGAUGUUUGUAUUUAUCGAGAAAAGCAAAACCUCCUUCUAGACUGGUACUCAAAACCAACCUCCUCUGGACGCCUGAUAAAUUACUUCUCAUCUCAACCACGAAAAUAUAAAAUUAACACCGCAAAAAACUUAAUCCACAAAGUACUGACGAUAAGCCACACACAGUUCCAUGACGCCAAUAUAGAGAAAAUAACCAACAUCCUAAAAAACAAUAAUUAUCCUGUCAAAUUAAUACACGAACUCAUAAAUCAGGAAAUAAUAAAAAAUAGCAACCACCCUAACACACAAUCGGACUCAGAAACAACAAAAAAGCGCAAAGAAAUUCUUCAGUGUUACAUACAUUCCCAAUCUUACCGAUAAUUUUGAUCAUAACAUAACAUAAACACAAAACACAGCACUUGCAUAUAAAUCUAAUUGCACACUUUCGAGAAUAUAUACAAAAACAAAGUGUCCAGUGGAGGUCCACCAACAAAACAACGUAGUCUACGAAAUUAAAUGCAAUGGGAAGGAAACAGAAACAUGCGGAAAGGUGUACAUUGGGACAACGAA